GGAUACCGUUGUGACCGGUAAAAUGUCAAUAGAACGGAUCCUUCCUGGUACAAAUCUUCUUAAAUUUUCUUUAUUUAAUGUUGUCAAUAUUGAACCGUAUUUUAUAAUAUAUAGACGAGUCUUCUGUCGUGAAAACUUUGACUAGUCACCAUGUCCUCCAAGCACAGAAAUGCAAGUACAUGUAGGUCAAAGGUCAUUCAAGAUCUAGAUCAGAGUGAUCUCUUCCUUGUUGGAGGCAAUGCUCUUAAACUGCCGCAUAGACCACCAGAUGUAACAGAUUACAGAGGACCUUUGUAUCACUGUGACAACCAUUUAUAUACAAGACCAGCUAGUAAUAUAUCAGACGUACCUGUGACUGAAAAUGAAACUAGAGGUCUCUUCAAUCCCCAUAGUAGACCACCUAGUGGGUUGCAGAGUAGACUUACAGGAAUCAUACCUGAAAGUUAUAUAAAUAGACACAACUCUGACCUGCCUAAACCGGAAAGUGUAACUAAAGGUCUUUUUAGCCGGCCUCCUAGUGCAUAUAGUCGACCAACAAGUGCAUAUCGCCCUGUUUCCAGGGCUGGAUCGUUACUGGAUUAUGAUGUAGACCCUGACCAUGAACCUAUCACUGAUGUGCUAUCAAGGCUUGAUGAAUAUUCUCAGAACUUCGUGGCGAGUUUACCUCCAGCGUACACUGACUGCGAGUGUGCUGUUGAGGACUACAGGGUAUCAAGUCGACAGGCGAGGGUUUAUCACAGUGACUCAGAGCAUACAGACUCUGAUGAUGAAGAUGCUGGUGUCACAAUGAAUGUUCUGCUGAAGACCUUUCAACAGUUUGAAGACAAAGGUCAUUCUGGCAGUCGACAGAAGGCUAUGAUGACCCUUGUAAACAGUUACAUAUCUCUGGAAACAAUAACAGAACAGCAAUUAUUGGAGCUUCUACAGUACAUGAAAACCAGUGUGUCAGAAGUGCAGGAAGCAUGUCUAGUUCUACUGAAGUAUUGUGUGAAAAACUCACAGACCCUCAGCAGGUUACUUGAGAAAAAAAUUCUCAAUUUUCUGUAUGAUUGCCUUGUUGAAAUUGAAAAGAAGCAUUUACGGAAAUCAGCUCUUCUUCUGCUUGAAUAUAUAUUUUCCAAACCGGAGUUCAAAGAAAACUGGUACGAACUAUCCGUUACAAAGUUCUUACCCAAACUGAUAUCAAUGGUUCGAGGUGAGAUACCCCUGGAUGUGAAGUACGCAGCAUGCUGUGUGUUCCGAUCAUUUGCCCAGUAUGAGGACUUCAUAGCAUUUGUUACAGAUGAAAUACUGCCCAGUGUUUUGCUGAUGAGGAAUGCUAGCGCUAAAUUUAAGGAAGUCUAUGUUGAGAUACUAACAAGUUUGCUGUCACAUACAGACUGUAUACCACCAGAUCUAGUUGAUAGUAGUGCCAUACCAAUUACAGUCAGUAUAAUCAGGGAAGGUCCAUGUGGUCCCCAGUGUGCUGCCCUUCACUUACUAUCAUCUCUCACAAUCAGUGAUUCAGGUGUUUCCACUGUGAUAGGAACUAGCAGUCUGGUUCCUAUGUUACUGUGCUGUAUGAAAGAGUCACAUUGCAGAAAAGUUCGCCAGCAUGCAACAGAGGUGAUUAGAAACUUGUGUACAAGCCGUAAACUUGGACUGUGUAAAGAUUUGAUGUUACAGUUGAGUAGUUACCUUGUGCCCAGUCUAGAGCAAGAUUCAUUAACCAGUCUAUCACAGAUGGCAACAUCAAGUGCUAUGACAGUAGUAUCAGCUAAACUGAGGUUUGAUGAGGAACGUCAGAUGUGGCUUGGGCUGGAAAAAUUCCUGGAUAUGACAAAAAGUGUAAUAUUUAGGGAAGCUAAAGUGGAGGUAGAUGAUCUAGGCCUUGUAACAAAGGUUCACAUGAAGCCAUGCAUUGAUACAUGUCCCAUACAACUAGGCCUACUGGCCCAGGCCUUUCAAGUGCUACAGUACAUGUGCUUAUGGCCGUUAGACAAGUCUCGGCUAGGGUUCAGCGCCAACAGAGUGGAUCUAACAACUUUCACAGAUGAUGAAAAACAAAGAUUGCGCCUUUCCAAGGUAAAUCGUGGUCUAACACAAGCCAUUUGGGACAGAGUCGGGAUUAUUGUAACAGAUCUGCUGCUGUCCUAUGCUGACAAAUUCUCCAAAAUGCGUGCAGAGUCCGUUAAAGGGAGACAUCUAGGUAGUCUUGACACAGUUUUUGAACCAGGGGAAGUUACUCUGAUCACCAGUCUGCUGGAGUUAACACUGAGUUCAGCUCUUUGUACUUGUGUAGCUUUUCCAGACAUUAUGCCAAAACUUGAAGUCAAAUCUCCAAAAAGAAAAUCCAGAUCUCCAAGCAAGCUUAAAUCAUUCUCCACACCACAGAUAUCAGAUGAUAAUAAAUCUAGUCAAAAUGUGGAGUCAAGAUUGAAAUCCCAGUCAGACUCUGGUAAAGGUUUUGCUACGGAUGGAUAUAAAGUCUGGGAGAAGGAAACUCCAUACUUAACCAGUUCACAGUCAAACACGAGUCACAAUGUUGCCAUGGAGAAAAGUAAAGCAGAGUUACGUCAUAAAGAGGCGUGUACAGACAGACGGUUACUACGCAAGUGUCUGUAUGAAGCCGAUGUGUUCAGAUGUGUGUGUCCAUUCAUUUAUUGUUCAGAUGAGAGUAUACAGAUACUUGUUCUCCAAAUUUUACGAUGUUUGAUCCAACCCCUUGAAGAGCGAGUGGCUCCAAAACUCAUGUCUGGUUCGGGAGUUUCAUCAGGCAAGGCAGGAAGACAAAGGCCACAGACUGCUGGUGCUGUCCCCGGCACAAACAAGAGACUGAGUGUUGCGCUGCACCAGAUGUCACCAGACAUGGCAGUCCUGAUCAAAGAAGCACUGGGUCCUCCCUUAGAGGAGAGUCAGACCCAGGUCCGGGCUGAGAAACCGGUUGUAAACAAAGUGAAUAUGCCAGUGGUCCAGGAGGGCUUGGAAAUUAUACAUGAAAGGUUGCAAGAGUUCACUGAACACAGUAAAUUUGAGGCAGAGACUAAAAAAGAGCCACAAGUGAGCAGUAAGGAACAUGUGAAACCUGUAAUAGACAGAUGUCGACCUAUAGCCCAACAAUGCCGUGAGGCCCUUACUGAGGGAUUAGGAGAGAGGCUUGUGACGGGGAUCUUCACAAAAUCUCGUCAAUUAAAGAAACAUUCUGUACUUUUGCUGUAUGAUUUUGUUCACUUUGGUGAGGGUGAGAGCCACAUGGCGUUGUCAAACUAUGGUUGUAUGCCAAAACUGAUAGACUUUCUGCGUGUUAAUGAGGACAACGAAUUACUAGAAAUUAUCGGACUGAUCAUUGUACGAAUAUUGGUAAACAGUGACACCAGACUGAGGCAGCUGUUUAACAGACACGGUGGUCCACAGUUGCUUUUGUCUAUGGCUCAGUACACAAAAGGCCUUCUCAAACAGGAAGUAACGACAACCCUAACCACAGUCUCCAAAGUGGAGAGUGUCCGCAAAAGACCCAUGUCAGCUCCAGUGCAUGGAACGGUACACAGAGACAGAGCACCAGAUGCUUGGGACCAUAUCCAAGCCCGCUGGAGACAGGAGGACCAAGUAGCUGGUGUACUAAGGCAGUGGAUGAUAGCUGAUAGAAAACACAGGAGAAAUUAAAGAAUAAUGCAGAAGAAAGCUUUCAUCUGUGCUAGAUUCGUAGUCAGCUUGGGUACAGUUGUUUAUGCAGGGGCAGGACCAUGGGGUCACAUGAAAAAAGUUACUUACAUAUUUCUCGUGGACAAUGCUGAGUGUAGUGCAAUCUUGUUUACAUACUUAGAAAUUUUUAGCUUGACUGUUCCAAGAAUACGUAGAGCUAUUUCACUCGCCCAUUCACCAGCAUCGAUGUCCAGUUUUGUUAAGUUUUUGUAUGUUAACUGGUAUCUCAGUGCCCACAAAUGGGAAUGGAUUGAAGCUUAACACACUUAUUCACUGUGAUGAUCUGACAUGUACUGCACAGGUUCCAUAACUCUGCUUUUUUUACUGCACUUUUACAAAAUUAUGCCCUAUUUCGACUUUUGUACUCAUUCAGUUAAAUUUCUUUGGUGACAAGGUUGCUGAAUAGUCAAACAUAGCUGCCCUCCAACAGCUCUUGUUAUAUUUGGGCUACUAAUUUUUAUGAUGUUAUAGUUCUGUAAGUCCUCUAGAUUAACAUUCAGCAUUACAAAUAUAAUGUCUAUUUAUUUUUGUCUUUAAAAUUGGACUUCGACAAAUUCAUGUCUCAAUAAAAUGGCCAUUUUGACUGAAAAUGUGGACAUUAAUGCCUUUGAAAUUAUAUUAUUUCACUGUAAAUUGUCUCACAUCUAUUGUAAGUUCAGAAUAUGAUACAUUUCUGUUUUGAAAAAAAAGUAUUACACUGAUGGAAAAAUAAUGUAAUUAGAGAAAAUUACUGUUAUACUGAUGACAAAGAAGCUUCUGUUUGUUCAGAUAUUUCUAUUUUAGUUCAAGAUUUUCUUUUAUACUUCUGAGAUGUUUGUUGUUCAGAACAGAAAUAAUCCAACAAAGAAGCUUCUGUUUGUUCAGAUAUUUCUAUUUUAGUUCAAGAUUUUCUUUUAUGCUUCUGAGAUGUUUGUUGUUCAGAACAGAAAUAAUCCAAAAAUAUCUCUAUUCUUUUGUAAAAGAAACCUGCUGGUUACAUUGUAAUUAUUUUGUAAGGUCAAAGUCAACAACUCGAAUUUAUUUGUUUAACCCUUACCCUGCUAAAUUUCUAUAAUGAAUUUGUCCAUCUUUAAAUUUGGACAGUACCAUUAACUGUUAAAAGGAGUACUUACCAAAAGACUGACUGAAUGGUGAAAAGUGUAGAUCAUGAUCAGCCUGCACAUGCCUGCAUGGAUGUGCAGGCUGAUCUUGGUCUACACAGGUAACAAAGGCAGAAUCAAUUGCCACCAGCAGGCUAAGGGUUAAAGUUAAACCAAAAUAAGUAUAGUUGCACAAGUUACAAUUUGAUGUGUUAUUAAUCCCCCGCCAUGAGUGAGUCAGCCCUGCCAGCUCAAGGUCAAGGUCACAACUUAGGGUCAAAGGUUUGAGCCUUCCAUUUUGUGCCUGCUCUGUAUCUCCUAAACCCCUUGAAGGAUUUUCAUGAAACUUGGGUCAAAUGAUCACCUCAACAAGAUAAUAUGAGAACUUAUGAGUCAGCCAUGUUGGCUCAAGGUCAAGGUCACAACUUAGGGUCAAAGGUUUGAGCCUUUCAUUUUGUGCCCACACUGUAUCUCCUAAUCCCCUUGAAGGACUCCUGUGAAACCUGGGCCAAAUGAUCACCUCAUCAAGACAAUGUGCAGAACUCAUGAGUCAGCCAUGCCGGCUCAAGGUCAAGGUCACAACUUAGGGUCAAAGGUUUGAGUCUUCCAUAUUGUGUCCACUCAGUAUCUCCUAAACCCCUUGAAGGAUUUUCAUGAAACUUGGGUCAAAUGAUCACCUCAUCAAGAACUCAUGAUUCUGCCAUGUCAACUCAAGGUCAAGGUCACAACUCAAGGUCAGAGGUUUGAGCUCUGUAUCUCCUAAACCCCAUGAAGGAUUUUCAUGAAACUUGGGUCAAAUGAUCACCUCAUCAAGACGAUGUGCAUAAUUUAUGAGUUAGCCAUGUCAGUUCAAGGUCAAAGUCACAGCUCAAGGUCAAAGGUUUACCCUUUCACUAUCCAUAACAGUGGCGGGGGAUUUAGCUGUCUUUCAGACUGCCUUGUUUUGAUUUUAAGUGAUAGUUGGGUUUUGGUUUUUCUUCUCAUUUAUUCAAAAGUAUUUUUGUGGGCAGCAAAUUGGCAUAAAUGGUAUAUUUUAAUUUUAGUUUUUUAAUUAAAAUAUAUCAGUCGUAGAAAAUAAUAUUUCCUUGCAUAAUCAGAAUUGAAUUAGCAAAUUAGCAAUUAUAAUUUUUGUGGUAAUACAACAAUGAAUAAUUGUGCUAUGUGCACAGUGACAUUUUCUUCUGCAGUUUGAGAUCAAUCGUUCUAGCUUACCUUUUUACCCAGCAUGUCCUAUAGGAUUCAAACCUAUGAAAUCUCAAAAAUAUAUCACGAGGAACCUUUUUACACGUUGAGGCUCAAUAAUUGGCAAAUUGCUGACGUGGCAUUAACGUGACAUUUUAAAAGAAUUUACUGUUGUUAACUUUUUACUUUGAGGGACAGUUAGAAAAAAGAUUUUAAUGCAGGAAUUUCAAGCCAUAGCAUGUUUCUUGUUCUUUUGAAGACUUUUAAGCUAAUGUUCACAUGCUUUCUUUUAAUUAAAUUUUCCUUGAUGAUGACUUAGAUUUUAAAACCAGGCUAGGAAUCAGUUAGCAGUUUUAAUUACAUCUGUUUUGUCACACCCAUCUGUGUGAAGAUAAGGGUUUCGUAUUUAACUGGAAACAGACAGAAGUCUCCACCUGAAAUGGAUGGAACAACUUGUUUCCAAUCAAGCCCACUGCAGAUGUCCUAUUUACCUCCCUUACUUCUAAGUCUAGGUCGAUACUGCUGGAAACAUUUCCAGUUUUAGUAAUCCUUCAGUGAUGAAAAUUAGUCAGUAUAUAUGUGUAUUGUAAUAUAUAUAUAUAGUUAAUGUAAAAGGCAAUGUAUCUGUUUCUGUAAAACUUUAAAAAGAAAAGAUUUUUUUUCUUUAAAAAUUUUCAUUUUUUUUUUAUAACUAUGAAAACAACACUUUUGUCCUUAAAAUAAAAAAAUCCUCCAGCCUAUCUUCAAAAUCGAAGAAUUCUUACCCUCACCACCCCCGACAUUCACCCCUACAGUCUUUUGUUUAAAGAUAUCCAAUGGCCAUCUUUCACUAAAUAUUUUAUCUUCCUAUAUUUGCUUGAAAUGUAGAAAAUAUUCAUUAAAUAUAUUCAAAUUUACUAAAUAUAUACAACAAGUUUGCAUAUAGAGCUGCACUCAUAAUUAAAUGUCAUGCAGUAACAGUUGAUUGUUAAAAAAUCCAGCCAGUUUUUAGUGGUAUUACAGAUUUUAUACUGUUUAUCUAUGCAUGUAUACAGAGUGUACUAUUUUAAACCAAAUGCAUAGUACUGUUACUACACAUAAACCUGUUUAUUUUAUGUUUACAUAAACUAUGAAGUGCGUGUUUUUAAAUAUUAAAUUUGGAUCUAAUAUACCUUUAAUAUUUCAGAUGUUAAAUAAAGACAAUAAUUUUCAAAAAAGCCUGUAACAGAACUGAUGAAUCAAGCAGGAAUGAAAGACUACAUUGUCAAACAAAUAUUUAAUUAAAGCCAAGUACAUAAUCCACAGCUGUAAUCCACAGCCAUAACCCUAGCCAUAAUCCACAGCCAUAAUUUACACCCAAUCCACAGUCAUAAUCCACAGCUAUUAUCCACAGUCAUGAUCCACAUCUAAAAUCAACAGCCAUAAUCCACAGACACUAUUGCUCAAUUUUAUGUUAAGUAAUUUUAAUUAUUGUUCUGAUAAGCUAAUUUUGUAUCAUGUUAUUGUGUUCAAUGUGUAAACAGAUGGCUUAUGUUUUUACUUAUAUAUAUAGGUAUAUUUUUGAUGUGAUUGCUCUGUAUUUAUUACUUGCUAAGAUUAUUAUGGUAUGGCACAGAAUAAGCUUGUGAGGACCUGCUGUAUGCCUGGUUUCUGGCCUGUAUUUCUUAAUAUGCCGAGUGUGACAUUUGAAUGUAGUUUUGUUUAACCUUUAGUCUGCUGGCGCCAAAUGAUUCUGGCUUGGUGACCAGUGCAGACCAAGAUCAGCCUGCACAUCCAUGCAGGCUGAUCAUGGUCUGCACUGUUCGCUAUUCAGUCAGUAUAUUUCCAGUGAAAGCCCCUUCGAAUAAUAAAUGGUAUUGCACAAAUGGAAUGAUGAACCAGUCCAUUUCAGAAAUGUAGCAGGCUAAAGGUUAAUUAAUAAGAAUCUUUACUAGUUGUAGGUGCGGAUGGGAAUAUCCAGCUUGAGGGUAACUGUGAGCCUCAUUACAACCUAAACAGUUACCUUUAAACUCGACAUUCUAAUCCAAACCUACAAGGAGGAUUUUUUUUCCUUGCAUACCAUAUUCUACAAAUAGCAGUAGAAAUGACUUACUUUUCAACUCUAUUUUCUUUAAAGUAUUAAAUGGAUUUACAUGUUCAUUCAUACUAAACAUUUGUUAUUCACAGCCAGAAAGACAUUUUUUUUCCAGCGCUAGUGUAAACACCAGUAAACUUGUGUCAGGUACUGGUAUGCAAGAUUUAACUUAUAUGUAUGAUAGAAAUGUUAGAGCUUUAUAUAGUCUUUGUUACCUAUAUUUUGUCAUAAUGUCAUUGAAAAUGGCUUUAAACCUAAUAAAUCAUUUUAUGCAUCAUUCAUCUUCAUCACCAGCUUAAACUGAUGAAAAAAUCAGUAAUAGGCUGUAAAACUAUACAUUUCUAUCUAUUUUACUUUUCUGUUGUGCUUGUAUGAUGCUAGGUUUUACAUGAAUUACAAUAUAAUUAUGCAACUGUUAGUCUAGAAUCUGUGAUAUAGAUGUUAGUAUUUGCUUAUUUAUAUUUUGCCACAGUGUUCAAUUUUGUUUUAAAGUAUAAAGAUUUAGUUAAAAUUGUAUUGAAUACAAAAUGUAUGAUAAGUGUGUAUGUAAUUAAAAAAAGGAUGAUUUUUUCAUAUUCAGGAGAAAUAUUUUUCAUAUAGGUACUAUUUCAAUACUAUUUUUAUUUUGUGGAGAAGUGGACUCUGUUUUUCCAGUUUUUUUAUGCUUACACCCUUCUACAGUUAUACAUCUUCACAUGCGGCCUUCUGAAAUUUAAAAAAAAAGAAUAACAUGUUGCGUGAUUGCUCUGUCAAAUAUUAACAUGAAAAAUACUGUGUUGAAGUUAAUUUGAUUUGUAAUAAGUCUUAUUUUUUAUUAUUAACAUGUUGCUUACAGGACUGUUAACAGGGCAAUUUAAGUUAUUGUUGUGCUCCUUACAAAUGUAGAAUGGACAUGAAGGUGUGUCUCAGAAAUUUUGGGUGUAAAACUACUGGUUCAGUGUAUGUGGAAAUGGGUCCAUAUUUUAAAGGCCCUUUAUCAAAGCAAACAUGUAAAUAUAGUAGGUAAAGAAAUGUAUUUCUAAAGUGUGCCUUUGAUAAUAUUCACCAUACAUUAUACAGAAAGAUCAUAUUUUAAGGGGCUAGGGGACUAUUUUAGUUGACUUCUUUAUUUCCCACUUUGCUUUCAAUUUUUCUGAUCCGUCCAUGCAUUGCUCAAAGAAAAUCUUUUAUAUAUUUUAUUUUUAUUUAGCUGUUUUUUAUUAGUUUUUUUUUAAAUAAAUUUAGUCAGUUAAAGAAUAUAUAUUCAGUGUUGGAUUUUGUGACUGAUAGAAAUAGGUUUUGUGCAAACUUUCUGAAAAUUUUGUUAUGGUUGGACAAUAAUUCUGUUUUAAAAAAUACCAAUUGUGCUGUUAUAGGAAAAGGUAUAUUGCAAUGAUCUGAGACAAGGCAUUGAUGACUAUAGUAUAUUUUAGAAAGCUGUACAACAUUUUAGAGUUUAGCUGAAAAAGAAUAUUUAAGCAGACCGAGUAUAGCUUAGUCAUAGCAUAGUAGAGCAUAGUAGUAGUUAUGUGAUUUAAAAUAAGUAAAAGAAGGUUUGAAAAUAUUCAGUGAUUUAACAUCAGACAAACCAGUAAUUUAAAAGGGGCUUGCCUCUACAUGAACAUCUAAAACAAAGAAAACACCAUCUAUCUAGUAAACAAUAAGAUCAGUAGAAUUAAGUUGGUAUUUUGUAAGUAUGAUACAUGUAUAUAAUACAGCUAAAUGAAGCACUCACUAAUUUUAAUUUCAAAAAUAUUUACACAUAUCUAGAGGCAUACCCUUUUCAGGUUUUAUUCAGCCUUAGAAAUGUUUUAAAUAUCAUUCAAUUGUUAUUUAUUUCAAACACAUAUUCCCCAAGCGGUGAUAAUUUCACUAUCUGUUAGGUUUGCAGCGUUCUCAGAUUUUUACAUCCUUUUUUGUACGAUUUUUUUCUUUAUGAAAUGCCAAAUUUUUUUAAUUUUUCUCUAAGUGAAGUGUAUGAUGUAUUCACUAGUGACAUAAAAACUACAUAUAUUACUAAAGUAAAAAGCAAAACCUUUUUUUUUUAUAUUAUUAAACCUUGUUUCAUCAUUUAUAUGAUAACCUGUUUAGUUUUAAAUAAAAUAAUUUUUGAUGAGUAACAUGCAGAUGAUUUGCCAGUACAAUUUUGUAUGCUAAAUAUUUUCCUAGUGGCAUUGCUGAAUAUUAAAACUAGCAAAUUA